GAAGCUUCUUUAUGCGGGAUUUCCGGUAAUGUUAGUCACCAAAGAAACGAGAUGAAAUCUACCGAAAAUUUGCCCGUUAGAACAUAAUGCGAGUUUUUUUCUGGUUAUCUUUGACCUUGUGCUGCAGUCUGGAUGCAAACGGGUGGUUUAAUUAACCAACCAGUCAACUAACAAGGAUGAAGCUGCGGGUUCGGAUCAACCGGCAGACCAGCAGGGUGGACUUACCAGGCGAGGAGCCCACCCUCCAGGAACUCUCGGAUCUCAUCAAGCAGACGCUGCUGUCCGAUCAUGAACUCAGCGCCGACACAGAGUUCAGUUUGUCUCUGAACGGCUCAGAGCUCCUCUCAGAAUCCGGUCAGACUCUGUCAUCCUGUGGAAUCGUUUCUGGGGAUCUGAUCUGUGUCCUUCUGCCGCAGCCGGCACCUGCUGCCAUGGCAACCUCAGAAAGGACCACAAGCUCCACAGAAACAAACAGCCAGGAGGAUACCAAUGGGACCACUAGCCAGGACAGCAGCAGCAGCCCUCACCCGCUGCAGGCCUGCAAAAUGCAGAGCUGUUCAGCAGCGCCCCCUGUCUGGGAGCCCAUGCUGUGCAGCGAGGCUGAGGCCGGUGAGGCUCCUCUGUCCCUGGAGCUGCUCUACCACUCGGCCCAGACCAGCAGCCCCAACGACGCCAUCUUGGUGGCAGCGCAUCUCCUCAUGCUGGAGACUGGCUUCUCCUCUCAGGGCAGCGAGCUGAAGCCUGGGGAGAUGCCUGCAGGGUGGAGGUCUGUGGGUGGAGUCUACAGGCUGCAGUACACCCAUCCUUUAUGUGAAAACAGUCUGGUGUCCGUUGUGGCUGUGGGCAUGGGCCCCCUGCUGGUCCUUAACGCGGUUCUGAAGGUUCCUGAAACCAUCGACACGACUCAGAAGCUGCUGCUGAAGACGUCCAGCUACGUGACUGAAGAUUGGCCAGGAGAAAAUGCAGCCGCGGCCUUCAAGAAUCUGAAGAAACUUUCCCGAAUCUUCAAAGACCAGCUGGCGUACCCGCUGAUCGCUGCUGCAAGAGAAGCGAUGGCGCUGCCGGUGGCGUUCGGUCUGCAGGCUCUCCCUCCUGAGCUGCUGCUCCGGGUCCUCCGCCUGCUGGACGUCCGCUCCCUGGUCAGACUGUCGGCCGCCAGCUGCCACUUCAACGCCGCCACAUCUGACUCCACCCUCUGGAAACAUCUGUACCUCCGGGACUUCUCUAGUCCAGAUACCGAGCUACCCAGAGAGACAGACUGGAAACAGCUUUACAGAAAGUCCUACAAAGCCUGCUUAGACUUACAACGUCACAUUCGUCCCUACUCCCUGCCGCCCUUCCCCAUACGUGACAUCAUCACCACGGUGCCCCGUCCCCUCUUCCCUCCGCUGCCGGGGAUCAUCGGUGGCGACUACGACCAGCGACCGAACCUCCCACGCAACCUUCUGCGACCUCGCUACGACCCCAUCGGCCCGCUCGUGGAUAUCCCCUCAGGACAUCCAGGACAACCCCGUUUGGAUUUCCGCAGACCAGGAGGAAGAGCAGCAAACAUCCGGAGAGGAUUCAUCUGAAUUCCAGAACUGAACAAUAAAAACACAACAAAACAGUUUAUUAAAGUCUGUUUGGUUCUGAAGCUCCAAAGAUGAGACUUGAAAAUACUUUAAAAUGGAUUUCAGAUCUCAGAGAUCUGAAUGUUUCCACUAAGACGACAUGAAUCUCUAAAUGUCUAAAAAUGAAAGAAAAUUGACUUUAAAAAAAUGUAUAACAUUGAAAACUAAUCUACUUGGAUGUUCUCCAAGUAGUCAGCCUUUAUGCUUCCUCUAAAUGAAUGAGAGAGCAGGCCUCAGAAACACAAGCUAAGGUGGGGUUGCUGCUUAGUUAAACUUCUUAAACAGAAUCAAACGUUUUUUUUGGUCGAUUUAUAUAGAGAAAAUAUUAUUUUCAUCAUUGAAAACUAAAAACUUUGUUUUGUGUUCAGGCUCUCUUGUGGUAACACUUUUCCUUUAAGUAUUCAGCUCAGAGGUGUGAGGCUUAGCAGCUUUAAUAAAAUAGAUCAGUCCAAAUAUUUUUACUUGCACCGUCUUCUAAUAAAAUUAAUUUAAAUUGAACAAACCACACAAUGGAUCAUUUGUCAGUUUAUUGUGGGAUUUAUAAAAAUGUAUUCUGUUUGUUUUGUAAAAUCAAUCUCCUCUACCAGAAGUCAAGAUUGAAAGGAUUAAUCCAUGUUUCUCCAGCUGAUAACUUGAAUAAAUUAAGUGGCUAAUCACUAAGAAAUA